AACUAAACCAAAAAAGAAUUCAAAUAACAUGAUCAACCUACCUAUUAAAAUCACAUCACACUCCAUAUAAACCAAACCAUUCCGUACUCACUACCACCACUACAAUCAUGGACACCACCCUGAUCUUUGAUACCUUUGAAUUUAUCAAAGUCCACGCAGACGGCUCUGUGGAGCGUUUCACACCCACUACUGCCCCGGCAUCCCUAGACCUAUACAAUGGUUACAAGUGCAAAGAUGUGUCCAUAGACACACUAAAGCCAAUAACUGCGCGAAUAUUCAUCCCCUCCACCCCCACAAAUGACACAUUUCCAGUGUUGGUAUAUUUCCAUGGUGGCGGUUUUUGUAUUGGCUCUACCACAUGGCUAGGCUACCACCAUUUCCUUGGAGACCUUUGUGACACUUCCAAAUGUAUUGUUCUUUCGGUAGACUACCGCCUUGCCCCAGAAUAUAAGUUGCCAAUUGCAUACGAAGACUCGUACACUUCUCUCAUCUGGCUAAGCCAACAAAAACAGAUUGAUUCUUGGCUCCAAAAUGCUGAUCUUUCACGGGUUUUUCUUUCAGGAGAUAGUGCAGGAGGUAACAUAGCUCACCAUGUAGCCCUUAGAGCUAUUCGGGAUAUAGAAUGUCCUGUUCAUAUAAAAGGUAUAUUACCGAUUCAUCCUUACUUUGGAAGCGAGAAGAGGACUGAAUUAGAGAUGAAAGAAAGUUCCGUUGAUGAAGUCAAAUCCAAUGAUAUGUUUUGGAGGCUGAGCAUACCUGAUGGAUUGAACCGAGACUAUGACUAUUGCAACCUAGAAAAGAUGGAGGUGUCAAUGUCAGAAUGGAGCCGGUUUCCUAAUGUGCUUGUUUUUGUGGCAGAGUUGGAUUUUCUGAAAGAAAGGGGAGUGACAUAUGCCGAGUUUUUGAAGAAAAAAGGUGUACAAGUGAAACUCAUUGAGACCAGAAACGAAAAACAUGUUUUUCAUGUGUUUAGGCCUGAUUUGCAACCGGCUCGGUUGUUACAGAAGCAAAUCAGUGAGUUCAUACACAGCGUUUGA